AUGAAGGUGGGACUUUCUAAAUCAUGGGUUAGCUUGGUUCAGUGGGGAAGUUUUAAUGAUCAAAAUAGACAACUCACAGAAACAACUGUGAUAAUAACUGGAAACACUGCUGUUACCUUUUGGCCACAAACACUGAGUGGGGAAAUUCUUUGCAAUGCUAACAUGGAAUUAUUUAGAACAUUCAUUUUUCUUAGACUCUUCUGCAUCUCUGGUUUUAAUAAAAGAUGCGGACUGCCUCUUUUACAACACUUGACAAAUCGUAACAUCUGGGGUGGAACUGUUGUUAACAUGCACACAUGUGCCUGUUAG